AUGUCUACAGUGAGAGCAAUUAACUUGGUGCUUCCUGAGAUUGAAGUGUAUUUGGCUGGCUCCAGCAUAGAUGGCCAACUGGUUCUGAACCUCAGGAGUAUGCUGGUGGACCCUGUUGUGAAGGUGGAGCUUGUGGGAAGAGGCUUCCUGAGGUGGCUUGAGGAGGAUAAUCCUGAACUGGACUACAACAAGAGUACAGCUUAUACCAACCAGGCUGUCUAUAUCUCCAAAGAUAAGACUUUCCACAUAGAGGAUGGCUGGCUGGAUUCUGGGGUCCACACCUUUGAUUUCCACUUCAGCUUUCCUUCAAGAAUUCCCUCCACAUUCACCAGUAAAAUUGGCUACAUCUCCUACUUUGUCCAAGGGACUUGCUGCAGCCGCCGAAUCGUCUUAGCUAAAGAGGAGAGAUGUUUACUGUUGCAAGGAACUGAUGCUGACCACAGAAGACACAUGAAAGACAAGGCCUCACUGGUGGUGGAAGCUAGGAAGGAUGUGGUUUAUUUCUGCUGCUUCAGACAUGGCUAUGUGAUCCUUCGGAUUUCCCUGGAGAAAGGUGUAUUUUGUCCUGGAGAAACCAUUGUCUUCAUGACAGAUAUUUCCAACAGGACAUGCAAGCACAUUAGAAAGGUCAUUUUUGCUGUAUACUGCAUUGUCCUUUAUCAUGGCUUCAGCACCAAGGGAGAAAAACGCUCCUUGGAAGACCAAAGUGAAGUGACGAGGUUGGAGUUCCAGACAGACACAGCUCCCUUUGAGGCCAUGAGAGUUACUGGUGCGCUGGUUCUGCCGAAACCCAUGCCUGUCACCAGCUCUCUCAUGGAAAAUAAAAUCAUGGCAUUCAGGUAUGAGCUGGUAGGCACCUCUGACCUUCUUUGUACCACAUCCACCAUUGUGGUCAGGGUGCCCAUCACUAUAGCAGCCACAUCGGAGCAUUUCUCUACAGAGACACUGCAUGAAAAUGAAGGUGACAUCUCAAAGGGGGUGAAGCUUCACAGAGACAUUUCUGAGACCGACCCAGAAGCAAUUGCCAGCAGAUCCACGGAAAAAAAGAUUUUUCUGCAAAACCUGCACACGCUAGCUGUAUGCUUGCACAGGAGGAGCCCGCUUUUGCAGCAACGCACCAGUGAUUCCCAAAACAAGAGGGGUAAAGCUAGACAAAGCCCAAGGUCAGGAAGGCACAUAUGA